AACACAGUGUGUGGCGGUAAAGAGCUAAUGUCAACUGCCGUUAAAAUCCAUUGCAGAAGUAAAAAACGUGCAUGCUGGGAAGAUGGCCGAUACUGGGGCGGAGAGCGAGGAAUAAGAGGACGGGAAAGCGAAUAAAGUUCUUACGGCAAAUGCCAUCCAAAGUGUUUACACUUUUUCGGCUGAUUCAAAGGCAAAGUUUCCAUCGGUCAGUGUGAAUGAAUAAAACCCGUAGUCAGUACAGCUCAUGCUGCUGGACAGAGAGGACGGAUCAAGUCAACUGGAAUCAUGCUAACGAGCUAGCUCAGACAGGUUGCAAACGACGGUGUCAUUCCAUAGAUGUCCACGUCCAAUGAAAUACACCAUUAUCUACGUCAUUGUUUACUAGCUAGCUUUUAGGUAGUGCCGGACCAAGUUUUAAGUUAAAAUGGCAUCCAAAAUUGUGAAUGUUUUUCAUUGACAAGCUGGUUGUCACGCCAGUGUCAGUUAACCCUGCUUGCUCCUAGCUCGUCAUUGGGUUAGCUUGCUAGCCCAGACAUCCCUUUUCAAGCACCUUAUAAAGGCAAGGCCUUAUUGCUUUACCAAGCAAAGGAAGGUUAAUUACAGUUAAUAACGACCAUAGUUACAUUCUUUACUACAACGGCGAGCUUUGUAGUAAUCAAUUGGCCCAAUAAAGAGGUUCGUUAAACUUUUUGGGAGUGUCACAUAAAAAAAUGAUACAAACUGUCAUUGCUCCAUGAUACGACACUUAUCCCACCAUUAUCUGGAUAUUACUGUUCCGCGUUGACAAACAUACUAUUUCUGGAAUAACAUAACCUGCGUAACGACGAUAUGGCGAUAGUUGCAGUGCGCAACUCCAUAUUUUGGUGUGCUGAGCAGAGCCUCCAGGUGGAACAGGCCUGUGUAUCAUGCUGCGGCUGCCCUCCGGCCCGGACCUCCUGAGCUGCGGCUGCGUCGUCCCUUCGCCCCUCGCCCUCCUCGGCCAGCUUCACGCCCGCCGCCCUCACUUACUGGCUUUUGCCCUCGCCGGCAUGUAUGCCGCCCGUCUGUACAGCGCAGGUGGUGGUGGUGGUGGCGGCGGCGGCGGGGUGGGAGGAGGGGGAAAGCCUGGGCGCCGGCCGGGUUUAGGGAGCGGAGGGCUGCCCCUUCUGGAGAACCACCACCACCCAUCCCAUCACCACCACCACCCACUACCCCCUCACCACCACCACCAUGUGCCCCCUCCGCCCCCCAGCUAUCCGGCCCUCUACCAGGGACGCCCUGACCCUCACCGUGGGGCCCACUUCCACCACCACCACCAGCAGCACUACCACCCGCACCUGGCUCCCCCGCCCCCCCAGCCUCCACCCCUCCCCCAGCACACCCAUUACCAGCCGCACGCCCACCUGCAUCACCACGCCGCCGCCGCCCAUGGCAACAAGAAGAAGACGUGGAACUUCAUCCACGAGAAAAUGAGCUAUGACACCUUCUUCACCAUGAAGCGGCUGAUCGAGCGGUCGCGCCGGGCGGACGAGGUGCUGCGCUGGGUGACGCAGAACCCAGGAAAGAUCUCCCACAACCACUACCCCAUCGCCCUGCAGAAGAUCGGCCAGCUGCUGCAGGCCGGAGCUGGGGGUGGGGCCGGAGCUGGGGUAGGGGGCGGCGGUGUUAGUUCGGAGGCGGCCCUUGUUCCGGGUGGUGGAGUUGAGAACGAAGGCAGACAGAUCCUGGAGCACCAGGACUUCCAGACGCUGUGCGAGGCAAUCGUGAACGACUGUGCCAAGUUCGACAACUUCAGCAUCGUCAACUGCCUGUAUGCUGUGGCUGCGCUAGGCCUUCCCAGCGAAUCACGGGUGGUGCAGGUGCUAGAGGCGGAGUCUCAGUCACGGCUGGGCCAGUUCAACCAGAAGGACGUCUCCAUGGUGUUCAGUUCCAGCAUGAAGCUGCACCCUAGCAGCCAGCACCCGCUCACCGAGGCCUGCCUGGCGGGCCUGGAGAAGAACCUGGAGCGCGAACGCCACCCACAGACCCUCUUCCUGCUGCUCUCCUACUACCGCCUCAAGUGGCGCUUGCUGCAACCGGCUGACGCCGCGACGGCCGGGAACAUACCCCCUAACCCUGAGCAGCUUCUGGCCAACAGGAAGAUCCUUCGACUGGUCAAGCACACGCUAGCUAGCGUCAGCGGCGUGCGUGACCAGGAGAUGGCGCUGCUGGACGAGAUGCUGGCGGCUUGUGUGCGUGAGGCAAGCAACAAGAGCCUGGAGCUCAUCUUCAGCUCCCACCUCUUCUACCAGAACCGGCAGGAGAAGUUUGUCUGCAGCCUGGCAGAGGAGCUGCCUAAGAAAGUGGACAGUGUGACCCCGUACACCAUGGCCCUCAUUGCCAAGUACAUCGCCCGUCACCGCCUCCGGGAAACUCGACUCCUCGACACCAUUGCCGAUUUUCUGGUCAAGAAGGGCGAAUAUCUGGACAGCAAGGUCAUUCAGAAGCUUGUGUUCCCGUUCAGCCGGAUGAGCUACCGGCCCUCUAAUGAGGCCCAGUUCUUCUCCAAGCUGGAGGCAGUUCUGGAGCUGAAGGCCCUGAGCUCUCCUCUGGCCACUGUCAACAUACUCAUGUCGCUGUUCCAGCUGGGCCACUUCCCCGGCCUGGUGCUUCACAGGGUCUUCUCCUCAGCCUUCAUCAGCAACGUCACCAACAGCCCGUACGCUCUGAUCGUGCGCCGGUACCUGUCUCUGUUGGAUGCGGCGGUGGAGCUGGAGUACCGGGACUACACUGGCCCGCGGCUCCAGGACGCACACAAGGUGCUCAUGUUCGACCACGCACUCACCGCCGACGAGGUCAACCGCAAAUACAGCUACAAGGGCCUCGUUGCCGAAGCCCUCAGGCAGUUGGUGGGAGUGAACGGCUACAAGCAGGAUGAAGUCCUGGCUCCAGGUUAUUACACAGACUUCCUGCUCUGGAUCGACGGCUCUGGCCGGGUUCUCCCGAUCCGCACCGUGGCCGGGGUCCCCCUGGUAGUGGGCCCCAAAGCCUCAGAGGGAUCCGCGGCCGUCACAGCCCUCACCUCAGACUUCCACAAGUUCUCCCCCUUUGCCCCGCUGGAGGACGGGGGCGACCAGCGGCCCGUAGCGGGUGACGAGCCAACGACCUUCCUGGCGCACCACAUGCAGCGUGGGGCAAACCCCGCCUUGGCGCAGAGGGCGGGGCCUAACGGCGCAGGCCCUCUGGACUACAACACUUACUACACCCCGGCCGACUACUACUCCAGCCUGGCCAAGGAGCACUCCCUGGAGAGCCAGGACAGCUCCACGCUCAGCAGCCCUCCCUCGGACAGCCUGGCCCAGCAAGGGCCCUCCGGGCCGGGAGGAUCUGCCGCGGCCGCCCCGGACUCCCUCUUCCAGUUCUCCAUUGGGAAGAUCCUGGAGGACGAAAGUGGGGUGCAGGCGAGGCCGGGCAGUCGCGGAGCCGACUGUGAGCUCCCUGCCUUCUACGAGGGGUCGGCGUACUCUGACGCGGUGGACGGGGACACGGAACCGGCCUCACCGCUUCAGCUGCAUCUGGCCGGUCGUGCCGAAGCGGAGAGGGCGACGUUGGACCAGGGGCAGCUCAAGAGAGUGGUCAUGUCUGUGAAUGACAAGUGGCACUACUGUCACAACUCUGAGGUGCUGGUGGGCUCCCGGGCCAUGAGGGACCGUCACCUGCUCCUCCUGGGAUACAUCAUCCUGCAGCUGCCCUACCACGAGCUGGAGAAGCUGAACGGCAUAGAGGAAGUGAAGCGGUACCUUCACAAGAAGCUGCUGGAAGUUCCCUUAUGACGACAAAAGACUUGAGUGUGUGUUUUCUGCGCGAGUGUGUGCUGUUGUUGCUGCUUGGGACAUGGGGGGGUGGGGGUUGUUGUUGGGAUUGGGGAAAGGUCGGGGUGCGAAACCGGCCCUGGUCAAAGUCUAAAACGGGGGAGUUUGUUUGCGCAGUGUGCUCUCACGUCUGUCAAAGUGGCGCCGGCCUUUCCGCCAGUGGUGUCCUCCAGUUGGUGACAUGUUAUGUUGUUAUCAGUGCAAUCUUGUUGUUGUUGCCCCACCACGGCUCCUGGCCAACUCACCCACUGACUAUUCCUAGCACAUCAUUUUAGAUUUUGACCAGACAUUUCUAAAGUUCCAGUUUUAAUCAUGCUUUGGUGUGGAUGUGUGGGGAGUAAGAUGUUUGUUAUUAUAUUAUUAUAGAGUUCUUAGCGGAUUACUGUGUUCUGGUGUUAUUAGGAGGGUGGGGCGGUAUUAUAUAAUUUUUUUAAAUAUCGUUUGUCUAACACCAGUUGUAAAGCAUGUCUGGGACAGCUGUGUUUGGGUGGGUCUGGGACAGCUGUGUUUGGGUGGGUCUGGGACAGCUGUGUUCGGGUGGGCCUGGGUAGUAGUUUGUGCUCUGGCUGCCAGGGGCUCAACUGUGAACACAGGAUCCUCGGGUUUCAAAAGGUGUUUAUUGAGUCAAAUUAAAAACGGGCGGCUCUUCGCAGUGUUUUCUAAUACUGGUGUAUCGUAUGUAGACGAACGGAUUGUCGGAUGUAAACCAGGGGUGAAGAUGGAUAAAUUAACGUUAGUGGGGAAUAAAUGGCGUAAGUGGUGUAGUCAUCGCUGGAACGGCUUUUCUGGCGUCCAGAACAAAGCAAUGCACAAUGGAUUGUGGAAGUCCAACUUCAGCUUUGUCUAUUCUGUUUUUUGUCUCUGGCACAGGACGGUAUUUUCCUGUCAUUGUCUGAGCGUGGGCGAGCGGUCCAAGCUGCUGCCUCCAGUGCGCAUGUACUGCUGCAGUGUGGGGUUUGAACCUGGCACACCACUCUUUGAGCAAGAAGUCUCCCUUCUGUCUAUCCCCAUUUAAUUAGGCAUAAUUGCCUGAAACUAUUUAUCUUCUAAAAAUAAUGUAUACAUUAUAUAUUGCUAUCAAAUAAACACACUGAUAUGUUUUCUCUUGGGCCAUUACAGUUUGAAAUUAAACACUAAGAGAAUCACACAAAUGCACAUUUUGUGUUUAUAUAGUGGGCAAGCGGACAGUGCCAAAUUGCAUUUUAUUUAAAAGCAAUAUAAAAUAUUUGUAGGAACAGUCCUCUCCUACCAGACCCUAAACUUUUUCGUGAGAUGGUCGAAAUGGCUUGGGGGAUUUGCAGUUGUGGUUCCACCACAUUUUCCCCGGUUUUACUCCGUGCGUUGUUUGCUUUCGGUUUAUGGACUCCAUUCUGGAAGAGACUGAGGUAACGUUCGGUAAAUCGCCUGCGUGUUAUACGUAAAUGGAUGCAUUAUAAGCAUUCGUAAGGAGCUGUUCGUUUUUCCAGAAUGCUUCUAAUGAGCGUUGGCCGAACACUACUGCCAGGGCUGAUUCUAGGCUUAAUUGGCUUAAUGGGGCCCCAAACAUUUUUUGCUUAGGGCCCCCAAAAGGCUAGAGCCGGCCCUGAUUACAGCUGCUAGUAGACACAGGCGGUUUUGAGUGUUAGUAUUUAUUACCAUUGGUGCCGUUUCUCUGGUACUGGGGAUGCUUGGAUGGAUGUGUGUAUGGGAGGGGAAUGGGGGGGAGAUGGUUUGUAUAUUGAAAUGUCUAUUAAAGAAAUAAGCAACAUGUCAUUUUUCUGUUGGGUGAAACAGGAGGUGAAUUAUAUUUACUGAAUAAAUGUACAUUUUACAUAGAAA